GUCAAAGACGGACGAGGAAAUCAGAAAUCCAACAAAUAUUUUCGUAUUUUAUGGCACAGUUCAUCAACUGAUGAAGAUAGAUCCAUUUCUGGAGGUCUCCUAUGAUAAUAUUUGUCAGCCUGGAAGAUGACGAACCGUUCGGAUGAUGGCAACAACACUGUCUAUCGUGGUUGUGUAUCACAGACCAUUCACGUGACAGGUGUAUUGCACAUUGUUGCUGGAGCUCUGUGUAUAGUGUUUGGUAUUUCAGCCAUCAUUCUCCGAGCCAAGGUCUCGUACCUAGGCCUCCCCAUCUGGGGAGGGUUACUGAUCUUCAUGGUAACUGGGUCAAUAGGUGUUGCUAAUUACUUCAAUCCUACGAGCAAGAAAAUUGUUAAGUACUACCUGGUGAUGUCCAGCAUUUCUGCAGUUUUCGCUUUCCUGAUGAUUAUAGCAUUUGGGAUUUUCAUCGAUAAAGAGGACCAUCCAUGGGGUACCGGUAGAUUUAUUUGUCAUCCCCUUAUGAGAUCCAUCUGUGGGAGCGAAGCGGAGUCACGUAUUGUGGUGAACGCCAUAUUGAUCUUGAUCUUUGUACUGGAGUCACUUUGCGGUGUGGUAGCAGUCAGUGUGGCCUGCUACAAGGCAUGUCAAUGCUGCCGAGACGGCUACGAUACGUGCAGGAUGUGUAGCCUGUCCAAAUUGUGCAGACUGUGCAGAGACGAUCGAGGAAACUCCAAUAUAGUCUAUUAUGCUGUCAAUAGAGGAGACACGCCCAUGAUGGCAGUACCCAAUAACCAGUCUGCUGGGCCUGUCUAUUUUGCAGGUGAAUCUUCUGGCACUUCUACUCAGCCAGGUCAAUUCAUGUAUCUUGCCCCGAGCCCCCAACACCAGUCUUUCAUGGCUCUACCAGCAGUGGCGCAACAGAACCAACCGAUCCCCAUAUUGCCACCACCCCCAAAACAUCAACAACCUUCCCAACAGCAGCAACAACAACCAGUCCUAAUACACCAGCAAUCAGGAAUGGUCCAGCUGCCUAGUGGCCUUCCAGCGGGACAAGCUGGCUUCAUCCAGGUCCAAGCACCGGGGCAGAUGCAGCCUCAGACCCAGCCAUCCCCAGAACAGGAACCUGCAUCGCAACCUCAAACCUCAGGAAUGUUCCAACAGCUCAGUGGCCUUCCAACGGGACAACCUGGCUUCAUCAAGGUCCAAGCACCGGGGCAGAUGCAGCCUCAAGGUCUUGCUCAGACCCAGCCAUCCCCAGAACAGGAACCUGCAUCGAAACCUCAAACCUCAGGAAUGUUCCAACAGUUCAGUGGCCUUCCAACAGGACAACCUGGCUUUGUCCAGGUCCAAGCCCCGGGGCAGAUGCAACCUCAAGUUCUUGCUCAGACCCAGCCAUCCUCAGAACAGGAACCAGCAUCACAACCUCAAACAUCAGGAAUGUUCCAACAGUUCAGUGGCCUUCCAACAGGACAACCUGGCUUUGUCCAAGUCCCAGCCAUGGGGCAGAUGCAGCCUCAAGGUGCUCCUCUAACCCAGCAACAGGCAUCACAUCCACAACCAGCAGGAAUGGUUGAACAGCUGAGAGGCCCUCCACAAUUUGGCUUCUUUCAGGUACGAGGCCCAGGAGGGCAGAUUCAGAUGAUCCAAGCCCCAUUAAUGUAUCCUCAGGCCAUGAUGGCUCCAACCCCUCAGCAACCUGUAGCAACUGAGGAACAGGUGCAGCAGCAACCUGUAUCAACUGAGGAACAGGUCCAACAGCAGCAAACAGCGCCCUCUAAUUCUGCUGAAGCCCAUACUGAGGAAGAAGGUGUAGCUGUAUGAGUCAGUUGUCUCAAGAAAAGCAUAUCCUCAAGUGAAAGUCUCCAAUGAUCAGUUCAGUGACCAGCCUGCUUUCAUCUGAAAAUCAACAUGACUUUGUGUGACUUGGUUUUAAAAAUACUGCAGGAAUUUUACUCAAUUUUAUAAGGUGAAUGUUUGAAAUCAUGUCUGAAGCAGUUUACUUCUUGCUAUGGUUAGUUCAGUGACCAGACUGGCUCAUUGAAAAAGUAUUUUUUUAAAGAAUUUUAAUUUAAUUAUAUUAAUUGUUUUUUAUUCAGUACUGUAAAAAAAUUUACAAGAGCUUGAUUCUCUAAAGUAGAAUUUCAUUGAUAAUGACAAGUAUGGCCUAUUAUUCAUCACUAGAAACUAGGAUGCUUGCAGAUGACAUUUAGGUCAACUGCGCAUCAAGCUAUAAUUAAACAUAAAUAAAAGCACCUCUCAGAAUCUGAGAUAUACAAGCACUUUGCCAGAAAAUUUAGCAAUAUUUUGAUAGUAUGAUUGAUUUUAAACAUGAAGGGAAGUGAGGCCUAUGCAGCUGAUUAUAAUCCUGUGCUGAGAAGCAUCGAGGGCAAGGUUAAAUGAUUUCAACUGAUUAGAUUUGGGGUUUAAGAGGGUAAAGGUUGUUGGGUCAUAACAACCUAAUGGAAACAUUAAAAACAAAAGUUACAUUUAGUUAGUUUAUUUUUCUGAUUCUUUCAUCUUGUGCUUUGUAAGUGAUAUUAAUGCAACACAUACAUUCUAAUGGAAUCAUAUUAGAAACACAGUUUCAUUAAUUUAGUUUAUUUUGUUGUUGUUUCAUUUUGUCCUUUAUAAACGAUAUUUAUGCAACACAUAUACAUGUAUUAUAGUUAGAAACACAGUUUCAUUUAUUUGAUUCAUCUUUUAUUGUUUCAUUUUUACCUUUACCUAAUUAAAACUGUACCUCUGAGCAGCUUUGUCCCUGAACAUGUGUGUACAUGUAUGUGAUUAUGUUUUUUGUGUUUCUUUUAACACUAAAUUCUUAUUCACCACAUUUUUAUACAACUCAUGAUAUUUUGACUUGAAGCAAGUUUUUAGUAUAUUUUCUAUAGAUUACAUAAAAUGUUUAAAACAUGAUAUAAGUUUGUUCAUAAUAAUGACAGUGCAAAAUUUUAUAAUCAUGAUAGUGGAUUUGAU